GGUUGCUGGCUGUGGGUUGGCUUGGGAUAAUGUAUCUCGGAACUAAAUAGAAUAUUAUCAAUGACCUUGUUACUAUUCAAAUUAGGUCAGGUGGGCGGUGGUUCACUCAUCAGUGAGUUGCCAACAUCAGUUACGAGCAGCAUCCACACAGCUACGAGAACGAUGGCGUCAGCAGGUAUGAAUUCCAAGUUGAGUGAAGAUGAACGUCAAACUUUGUUAACACCACUGAAAGAUGCAGGAUGGACCAUGGUUGAGGCAAGAGAUGCCAUCUACAAACAAUUCUUGUUCAAGGAUUUCAAUCAGGCCUUUGGCUUCAUGACAAGAGUUGCCCUUAAAGCAGAGAAGAUGGAUCACCACCCCGAGUGGUUUAAUGUCUAUAACAAGGUGCAGGUGACCUUGAGCUCCCAUGAUGUAAACGGAAUCUCCCAACGGGACAUUAACCUGGCAACAUUCAUGGAUAAGGUUGCGUCAGAGGGUCAGAAGUAGUCCGCUGAGAAUGCUACCCACAAACAGAAAGCCAUUGUUGGUCAGUGCUCAGCCUUGGAUAACGAUCUGAGAAUAAUCAAAGGUUGAUUUGUAUAUUUACCAAUGUGCCAUUUAUUAAUAUCAAAAGUCUAGUCUGCUUGGAGAUAAUGUCUUCUCAGUUGGUCAAGUAUUAUAUACCGGUAAGGGACUGCCCAUGAAGUAUGUGUGCUCAAAAUCAGGGAUUUGUGAUGAUUUCCCCCAGGUUCACAUCUUGUACCAAAUGUCUUCACACUCCACCCUGUACACAAUAAGCAAAACCACCAGGUCCACAAAAUAAGCAUUAUUAAUCAGUACUGAAGUUUCUACCAUAUGUCCGUUGACAAGAUAUUUUCUGAAGAGCAGCACCUUACUCUCUGAUCAAAUUGGAUAUGAGAACAUAUUUACGACUUUUUGUGAAAAUGUUUUGUUUCCAUAUCCACGUAAACUAGACCAGCGUGACGAAUGAACUAAAAGAGGAGUCUGUAUCCACUGUUAGUUUAGAUGACAAGAAUAGGAAAUUGUGUUCAAGAAAGCUAAAUGACCUGUUCUCAAUGCCAGAUUAGACAAGCAACUGUUCACAAAUUUUAAUAACGAAAAAUAAAACAUAUACCUGUAAACCAUGGAGUAAGGGAACAUUUUGAGCCCAUUGCCCAGACCAAGUACUAAUGCCAUGACUAACAUCAAACAUCAGUGACAGGUAACCUAUACAGGAUACUGCUGAAUACAAUGUGUGGCAAAGACUGCUAGAUUAUUCAGUAUCGGUUCAAUCGCACCUAUCAUUUUACAUAACAAAUUUUUGCUUUGUACUUCCCGUUAUCCCCACCUUAUGAGCAUACAUACUCUAUGAAUGGCCCUUCAUUUCAGUAAAGCCACAGCAGUUGUUUGUCCUUCAGAUAGCUAUAAGGCCUUCAAAUUUUCAUUUCUCAAAACUUUGUGAAUGCUACUUUCUAAGUAGCAGUAAGACAAAAGAGCUGAAAUGUUUGUUUCAUGAAGAAAUGAACAAUUCUGUGUAAAAACUGUAUACAGUGCAUACAAAUCCGGCGGUUUUUCUUCUGGGUGAUAUUGGGUGACAAGGUAUUGCUUUUAGGAUUUUAGCACUGGUCAGAAUCUCACAUCACCAUACAAGGCCCAUUUACAUUGUAUGUUAUGUUUUAAAUCAGGAUACAGUGGCUAUUAUAUCAGUGUUCUUGUAUUCAUAUAUACUUUAUGCAGUCUGAUUGUUGUGUCAGUGUACAAUAGGUGUAUUGCUUUACAAGCAUUGUAAUUCCCGAAACAUUCCUGAUCAUCAGAAUUCAGAGGGUUAUCAUCCCUCGGGAUUUUGUUUUCUGUCAUAUUGUACAUACAUGAUAAUCUGUUCCCAAAAUAAACAUUUGUGAACUCGUUUAUAAGUUUUUAAUUUCUUUAUUUGAUGGGUGUUUUACUCUGUAC